UCAAUAGAAUCAAUAAUGAUAUUCGAGCUGUUAAUCGUAGUGUUGAUGCGCGGACUAUCAGCUGCUCCAACGGAAAAGAUCAUCAAUGGGACGGACACCACGAUAGAGCAGUACCCGUUCAUUUUCUCUCUGCGGUCUUCAUCCGGUAGUCACUCCUGCGGCGGAAGUAUCCUUACGAAUUACUGGAUGCUCUGUGCUGCACAUUGUGUCAACGAGUACACCACUCCAAUCCUUCAGUCGAUCCAGGUUGGCCGAACGGAGAUAACUAAGGCAGCCGAUAGCUCAGUGUUCGACAUUGAUCGGGUGAUCAUUCAUCCUGAGUAUACUCCGUCCAACAGCUACAAAAACGAUAUUGCCGUUUUCAAGCUGAAGCGUCCGUUGGAGUUUAGUCAAUCGGUCCAGCCCGUUCAACUGCCUUCUCCGUGCUUCGAAGUUCCGGAAUCGAACCCAGAAGUAAGCCUACUGGGCUGGGGCGUAACCGAUGCCGGAGUUGUUGCUUCGAUUCUGCAAAAGGUGAACUACUACGCGGUACCGAACGAGGAGUGCAACCAAAUUCACAGCAAUACGAUCUACCCGAGCCAUAUCUGUGCGGCUUAUCCGGGUGGUGGCAAGGGACAGUGCAGUGGAGACUCCGGUGGACCUUUGAUUCACAACGGGGUGCAGGUUGGAAUCGUGUCGUGGAGCAUCAAGCCUUGCACGAUAGCGCCGUAUCCUGGAGUGUUGACUAAAGUUUCUCAUUUUAUUGAUUUUAUUUACGAGCACACUGAUUUGGACUCCGCUGCGUACCGUAAUGCGAAAUGGAAACAGAAGAACGUGGUGUACUGCAUACCAUGUGGGGCUGACGAGAAGGUGUACAUCGGCCAAACGAAAAGGAUGCUAGAAGUAAGAGUGGCGGAACACAAGAAUGACUGCCGAGGUAGAAACCCGAAAUCGGGCCUGGCAGUCCACAAAAUGGAAGAAGGACAUAUCUUCAACUUCGAUCAAGUGAAGAUUUUGGAUCGAAUCCAAGACCAGGCAACCAGGAACAUAGCAGAGGUGUUUCAUAUUAAGAAGAGAGGAGAAGAUCUCACUGUGAACCUACAGAGAGAGUGUGGGAACUUCAACUCGGCUUACAACGGGCUUUUAGCUCAGUUGCGAAGACAACCUCUAGCCAUGAUAGCACAUCUAAUCAGCGCAAUUGUCCUAUUCAACGCGGCUUAUGCUGUCCCAGCAACAUCCAAGAUCGUCAAUGGCACAGAUGCAUCAAUCACGGAUUAUCCCUUCAUGGUAUCGCUGCGUAGAGCCUCGGGUAGACAUGCCUGCGGAGGAAGCAUACUUAACGAAUACUGGGUCCUAACGGCGGCUCAAUGCGUCAAUUUCUAUACCACCCCCAUUGUGCAAACGAUCCAGGUAGGGCGGUCCGAUGUGUCGCGGGAUGUGGACGAUUCCGUUUACUUUAUUGCCGACGUGAUUAUCCAUCCGUUUUACGAUGCGUCGAAUAGUUACGUGAACGAUAUUGCGCUGCUUAAGCUGAAGACACCGCUGGUGUUCAGCGAAAACGUCCAGCCAGUGAAGCUUGCAAGUAAAUGGUAUGAGCUGAAAGAGGAAAACUUGGGUGUGACGUUGAUUGGUUGGGGUCGGCUGUGGACUCAGGGCGAUUACCCAACUACGCUGCAAAAGGUGGAUUUAUUUGCAGUGCCUAAUUCCCAGUGUAACGGAUUCCAUAUAAAUCACAUCUAUCCGAGCCAAAUUUGCGCAGCUGUGCCGGAAGGAGGCAAAGGGCAAUGCAACGGUGAUUCUGGAGGUCCUUUGCUGCAUAAUGGAGAACAAGUUGGCAUAGUCUCCUGGAGUAUCAAACCUUGUACGGUUGCACCAUAUCCCGGUGUUCUGACUAAGGUUUCGUACUUCCUCGAUUUCAUCAAUGAGUACACCAACUAUCUAGCCAUGAUAGCACAGCUAAUCAGCGCAAUUGUCCUAUUCAACGCGGCUUAUGCUGCCCCAGCAACAUCCAAGAUCGUCAAUGGGACAGACGCAUCAAUCACGGAUUAUCCAUUCAUGAUAUCGCUGCGUAGUGCAUCGGGUGGACAUUCCUGCGGAGGAAGCAUACUUAACGAAUACUGGGUCCUAACGGCGGCUCACUGCGUCAAUUUCUAUACCACCCCCAUUGUGCAAUCGAUUCAGGUAGGGCGGACCGAUGUGUCGCGGGAUGUGGACGAUUCCGUUUACUUUAUUGCCGACGUGAUUAUCCAUCCGUUUUACGAUGCAUCGAAUAGUUACGUGAACGAUAUUGCGCUGCUUAAGCUGAAGACACCGCUGGUGUUCAGCGAAAACGUCCAGCCAGUGAAGCUUGCAAGUAAAUGGUAUGAGCUGGAAGAGGAAAACUUGGAUGUGACGUUGAUUGGUUGGGGUCGGCUGUGGACUGACGGCGAUUUACCAACUACGCUGCAAAAGGUGGAUUAUUUUGCUGUACCCAAUUCUCAGUGUAACGGAUUCCAUAGAAGUCACAUCUAUCCGAGCCAAAUUUGCGCAGCUGUGCCGGAAGGGGGCAAAGGGCAAUGCAAUGGCGAUUCUGGAGGUCCUUUGCUGCAUAAUGGAGAACAAGUUGGCAUAGUCUCCUGGAGCAUCAAACCUUGUACGGUUGCACCAUAUCCCGGUGUUCUGACCAAGGUUUCGUACUUCCUCGAUUUCAUCAAUGAGUACACCAACUAAAUGGUGAUAUUUGCUAGUGAAAAUAAAGUUAGAAAAAUAUAUCACCAACUC